AUGCAAGUCAUCGUUGCUCUCGCCGCUCUCAGCUCUCUAGCUGCUCCAGCCCUUGGCUUCUCCAUCCCCCGUGGCGUGCCGGUCAGCCAGUCCAUGAUCGAUGUCAAGCUCAGUGCUGCCGGUAACUCUAUGGUCAAGGCUACCAUCACCAACAACGGUGACCGUGCCUUGAACCUCCUGAAGUUCCAUACCAUCAUGGACUCCAACCCAACCCGCAAAGUCACCAUUGAGAGCCAGGACGGAAAGGAGGUUCAGUUCACCGGAAUGAUGCCCAGAUACAAGCACACCGACCUCAAGCCAACCUACUUCAUUUCCCUUCCACCAAAGGGAACUGUUGAGCACUCCUUCGAUAUCGCUUCCACUCAUGAUCUCUCUCGUGGUGGAAAGUUCACCCUCAAGGCUGAGGGUAUGGUUCCACUCGCCGAAGAGAACGGCACCACAAUCACUGGUGCUGCCAAAUACAACUCCAACGAGCUGCACAUGGACAUCGACGGCAACAAGGCCGCCUCCGUCGAGCGUGCCAUGGGCAUCGUCAAGCGAUCUGGUCCUCUCACCAGAAUCGGCAAGCGCACCAGCAUCGACAUGCAGUCCUGCAGCAACCGCCAGGAGCUCCAGGCCCUGACUGCUGCCCUCAGGGCCUCUGCUCAGCUCUCCAGCAUGGCCGCCCAGGCUGUCCAGCAGAACCAAGAGAAGUACAUGGAGUACUUCAAGGACCCCCAGUAUGCCCAGACCGUCCAGAGCCGUUUCCAGUCCGUUGCUCAGGAGUCCAGCUCUACCAGCGGUGGUGGCACUACCUACCACUGCACUGACCUUAUGAAUGGUUGUGAGCAGGGUGUCCUCGCCUACACUCUCCCAUCCCAGAACGAGGUGUUCAACUGCCCAAUUUACUACAGCGACCUCCCACCACUUAGCAACGAGUGCCAUGCUCAGGACCAGGCUACCACUACCCUCCACGAGCUUACCCACAACCCUGCUGUCCAGGAGCCUUUCUGCGAGGACAACGGAUACGGAUAUGAGCGUGCCACUGCCCUCUCUGCCGAGAAGGCCGUCCAGAACGCUGACAGCUACGCCCUCUUCGCUAACGGUAAGUUUCUCCCAAUGUCGUCCAUGCUUGUAACCCAGGACUAA